AUGAGUCUGACAGAACGACUUCGUCAGGAGUUUGGCCUGGAUGACACAGAAGAGGAGCAGCCACCCAAUAAGCCAAAUACUGAGAGGGAGUCCUCAGAUACCCCUCCUCCACCACCACCACCUCCCCCACGAGUGGGAGUAGUGCACCCCUCAACUCAAAGGGGGUCAGUUGAGGAUGAAGAUGGUCAGCACAGUCCUGAUGUUCCACCCCCUCCUUCUGAACCCCAUCCAAGUCAACUGAAGUCCCGCCCAGUGCUUCUGCCUCACCCUACAGGCCCGAAUGGUGGACACAUCCCCUCUCUCAUGUCACUGUCGACCUUCCCUGCCAGGCCUGCGCAGACUGGACCAUCAGCAAGGGUUGUCUCCCCUGUUCCAGGGACCAGUGGGCCAGCCCAUCCAGCUCAUAGGAACUAUCAAAUGUUAAAUGGUACUCCACCCUUGGGUCAGCCUGCACCAGUUCCAACUCCUGUGCUGCCAACAGUGACUCAGCAGGUCCCUACCCCUGUUCCACCACCUCCAGCUGGCUACCACCAACCAAUCUCAUCUGCCAGUAAACCUUACCUUGCACCUGGCACCAACCUCGGAGGGUCGCCAGCUGCCUUUUCGGGCACAUCUAAGAGUUCAGGGUAUACUGCUGCACCCCAGACCCAGCCUCCACCAACUCCCCCCUGGCCAGCAACAAUCAGUGCAAUAUGUUGCUCAAGUUCAGGCCAAGCCACAAAAUCCCAUAGGACAGAAAUUUGA